AUGGCCGCCAUGUCCCUCGGCUUCAUCGUCCUCGUGACGCCCUGGACGCUGCAGGAGGUCGUCGCAGCGUGCACGGGUUCCAAGGCGCCGCCGUUCCUGGACUUCCUGGCGACGUGGCUGGCGCUGAGCCACAGCUUCUGGAGCCCGUUCCUCUUCUGGCUGCUCGACGGCCACUUCCGGCGCGUCUGCCGCACCCUGCUGCUCACCAAGAUCUGGUGCCGGCGGCGCAGCAAGGCGCGCUGCCCCGGCUCGCCGCGGGACCUGGAGUGCCUGAGCGAGCAGCGCUGGGGCGAGAUCCUGGAGCGCGCCGUCUCCUCCAGCAGCCUGCAGGCGCUGCAGAGGCUGUACGGGCCGCCGGAGCUGCCGCCCCCGGCGCCGCCCCCGCGAGCGCUGCCCGAGCCGCCGCCUCCCGCCGGCUCGCACAUGUGAGGCCUGGAGGGCCGGCCCCGCGAGCUGCCGGACGUCCUCGAGGGCACGCUCGUCUGAGGCCGUCGCCUCUCACCAGGAGUAGAAGCUGCCAGCCGUCGCUGAUGGCGAAACUUGUCUGAGGCCGUCAGGAGUAGCAGCUGUUGGGCGCCACCGU